UUUCCCAAUCCUAAAACCUCUAUCCCUCACACUAAAACCUCACCGCAAAACUGUCUCCAAUGGCUUUCUCUCUUCUCUCUAUCCCCAACUUUCUCUCUCUAAAACCCCACCACCGCCACCGUCAUGUCCCUUUCAAGCCUCUUCGCCUCCCUUCUCUCCGCCGCCUUCCUGCUAUCGGCCCCGAUGGAAAGUAUUAUCCCAACCCUUCCGACGAUGACCCGCCCGAAGCCCCCGAAGACUCCAUGCACGGCGUAGACAAAUUCCAGCAAAUCUACCGCCAAGCAGCCAGGGCCCAGAAGCUUCAAGAAGAAGACUUUAACAAGCACAAGUCAAAUUACCUUUCUGCCAUUGCCGACGUGGACGAUGACGAAUUGAGUAAAGAGAAAACGGGAAACAAUGACGGGGAUGAUUUGUUCAGUGAAAUUGAUAAAGCCAUUGCAAUGAAACGGCAAGAGUUUGUUAAGCAAGGUUUGUUACCACAAUCUCCUAAAAAAGCGGAAGCCGUUGAUGAUGAGCUGGGUCCAGAUGAAGUUGUUGACUUGGAAGAAAUUGAUAAAUUACGAGGUUUGACUGUUGUUUCUGAUUCGGAUGAUGGAGAAAAUGAAGAUUCAGAUGAAGAAGAUUCGUCUAAAUUCGAUGUCGGUUUGAGUGAUUUUGAAGGUAAAAAACUAGAAAAAAAUAAAAUUAAUUCGUUGGAUUCGUCUUUUGAUUUAGAUUUGGAUAGUCUUGGGAAGAGUAAAGUUGGAAUUGUGGAACCCAAGUUUAAAAUGAGUUUAGCUGAGCUUUUAGAUGAAAGUAAGGUGGUGCCGGUUUCGGUUUAUGGGGAUUUAGAGGUUGAAAUUACAGGGAUACAGCAUGAUUCUAGGGUGGUUAGUGCAGGGGAUUUGUUUGUUUGUUGUGUUGGGAGGAGAACUGAUGGGCAUUUAUAUUUGAGUGAAGCUGAUAAGAGAGGAGCUGUUGCUGUCGUAGCAAGUAAAGAGAUUGAUAUUGAGGAUACCUUGGGAUGCAAGGCAUUGGUCAUUGUUGAGGAUACUAAUUCGGUUUUGCCUGCGUUAGCUGCAUCUUUUUAUAGGUAUCCUUCAAAGAAUAUGGCUGUUAUUGGGAUAACGGGGACUUUUGGUAAAACAACCACGUCUUAUUUGAUAAAAGGGAUGUACAAGGCAAUGGGUUUGAGGACUGGGAUGCUAAGCACGGUUGCUUAUUAUGUACAUGGUGAUAAUAAGUUGGAAUCACCAAAUACAACCCCGGAUGCUGUUUUGGUUCAGAAUUUGAUGGCUAAGAUGUUGCAUAAUGGAACUGAGGCAGUUGUUAUGGAGGCUUCUUCUCAUGAACUGGCUUUAGGGAGGUGUAAUGAGGUUGAUUUUGAUAUUGCAGUGUUCACUAAUUUGACUAGGGAUCAUUUAGAUUUUCAUGGGACCGAGGAAGAGUAUAGGGAUGCUAAAGCAAAGUUGUUUGCGUGGAUGGUGGAUCCUGAGAGGCAUAGGAAAGUUGUUAACAUUGAUGAUCCACAUGCACCUUAUUUUAUUGCGCAAGGUAACCCAGAAGUUCCUGUGGUGACCUUUGCAAUGGAGAAUAAGAAUGCAGAUGUUCAUCCCCUGAAAUUUGAGCUGUCGUUAUUUGAGACACAGGUCCUGGUUAAUACGCCACAUGGGAUAUUGGAGAUUUCAUCAGGUUUACUUGGAAGGCAUAAUAUCUAUAAUAUUCUUGCGGCUGUGGCUGUUGGGAUUGCAGUUGGUGCACCCUUGGAGGACAUUGUUAGAGGGAUCGAAGAGGUUGAUGCUGUACCAGGCAGGUGUGAGUUAAUAGAUGAGGAGCAGGCGUUUGGAGUAAUUGUAGACUAUGCUCACACUCCUGAUGCCCUUUCUAGGCUGCUUGAUUCUGUAAGGGAGCUUGGACCAAAGAGGAUAAUUACUGUUAUUGGUUGUCCUGGGGAGAGUGAUCGGGGUAAAAGACCAAUGAUGGCAAAAAUCUCAACAGAUAAAAGUGAAGUGACAAUGCUGACAUCUGAUAAUCCCAAGAGUGAAGAUCCAUUGGACAUCUUGGAUGACAUGUUAGCUGGUGUGGGGUGGACAAUGCAGGAUUAUUUGAAAUAUGGAGAAAAUGAUUACUACCCACCUCUCCCAAAUGGUCAUCGACUUUUUCUGCAUGAUAUUAGGCGGGUAGCUGUACGAUGUGCUGUUGCCAUGGGUGAAGAAGGCGAUAUGGUGAUUGCUGGUAAAGGCCAUGAAACAUAUCAGAUUGAAGGUGACAAAAAAGAGUUCUUUGAUGACUGUGAGGAAUGCCGGGAAGCAUUGCAAUAUGUCGAUGAACUCCACCAAGCAGGAAUAGACACCAGUGAAUUCCCAUGGCGGUUGCCAGAGAGUCAUUAAUUUCCAUGAGUGUAGAUACAGGUUGAUGUUAAGAGUAGGCGUGGAAUGGUACCUCCGGAUCAAAAUCCUGCAUUUUGGGCCUUUGACAAUAUUAUAACUGAAAAACAUGAGGAUGCUGCUAAUCUGGUGGAAGGCACUCGUAUAAGCUGUUUGAGAGCAUGAAUUGACAGAGUCCUUGACUAAAUAGAGAACGGUUUUACCGGCUUUUAUAUCAUUCCAAGGGCUGCUGAAAGAAAUGGGUCCUUUAACAGAUAUGAAGGUACACCUUUGUGUGCCAAACGGCUAUUUUUGUGUGUAUAUGUAAAAUUCUGGAUUCUAAUCGUGCAAUGAUAACAGAUCCUUUAACUGGAUGCCGCACUUUCUAAAUAGUAUUACAGAUUAGUGUGGUGCAGCUUGUUUAUUCUGUUGAACAACCUCUAAAGUUAUGGGUUUUUUUAAUGAUUUGAUGUCAUUCUUGUUGCCAAUCAUGAAGAAAAAGUAAUAAGUGUGUAACGAGUUUAAUGCAAUUUAGAGAAAGCUAUAGUUUGUUUCCAAUUGAAUAAGGCUGAUCUUUUGGUUGGUUUUGUUAAAAAAAA